UUCAGGACCGUUAGUAUAUUGAAUAGGUAAUUAUUAGUCCCGGAGUACACGUCAAUAUUAGCUUCCGCACAGCGUUGUCAGAGAAAAUAAAACGCAGGUGGCUCCGUUCGAACCGGAUUUCUAGUGCAGCUCGACAGGCCAAGGUUGUUCAUGCCAGUAGUGUUGCUCCGAGUUCGUCGUGGUGGCAAAUUCUCCUCGCCGGGGCGGCUCGCGAGCGUCAAUCGCCUAAUAUAAGUACGGCAGGGUUGCGUGUUUGACAAACCACCAUCGUGAAAGGCAAAGUCAAAAGUUUCACACAAAUACAGUAAUGAAGAUCGUCACUCAGGAAGAAAUCGACGGCCACACCAAUGCUACCAUCCGCGGUGCAGCAGAAGGUGCACUUCUAAGCGCAGCCGUCGCUAUCCCCGGUUCACUGCUGCUAAACCGCCGAUGGGCAUCCUACCGAGCACUCCCUCUGCCCUUAAAGGUCAUGGGUACCGUCAUAAUGAUCGCGCCUUGUAUAUCCAUCCAGGCUGAAAGGCGCGGUCUAGCAUUCGAUCGUGCACACUGGACCGGCGCAGGUAAAAUGGAACUGGAUAGAGAAGCAGCAGAGGAAGAAGCACGAUGGGGAGCUCUGACAACAAAAGACAAAAUCGGAGGACUGGGCAACACGACACCAGUACAGCAUCAUUCUUGGAAGCUGGGCUCUGUCAAUGGCAGUCGCUGGCAGCAUUAUCUCUAAAGAUAGGUUUGUGGGUUCUCUUAAGUCGACGGUUGUUCCACGUCUCUGAUGCAGACAUGUGUGUGCAGACAUCAGACGUUACCCCAAAAGAUCGUUCAAGUGCGUAUGUGGGC